GGAAGGUUUCCUCUGCUCUCUCAGUCCAGUCUCCGGCUCAGGGACAGGGGCUGACUGCUGCUUCGCUUGCCUUUGUUAGCUAACUGUUAGCUGGCGAAGGCACCGAGAAAAGACAGAGCCGCAUCCAUGCAGUAGGCACACUUUUUUUGGAAAAUGAUCAUCUGUACGAAUAAAAUGGAGUACCCCCUGAGAACCCAGUGCCAGCGAGUCCACAAACAGGUGAUGGUGAACGGUGAGAACGAGCGAGUGUCGCUGCUGUUCAUGAAGGCUCUGGUCAGCAGGGGGAGCGUGGACGCCGUGUCCCAGCAGAUGGCCUCUCACCCCCAAUACUUGGAGAGCUUCCUGCGCACACAGCACUAUAUCCUGCACAUGGACGGCCCCCUGCCGCUGCCGUACCGCCAUUACAUCGCCAUUAUGGCUGCAGCACGACAUCACUGCAACUACCUGGUGUACCUGCACUCGGCCCAGUUUCUGAGGGUGGGCGGGGACCCUCUGUGGCUGCAGGGUUUGGAGGCAGCGCCCCCCCGCCUUCGUCUCCUCGACCACAUCAACAAAGUGCUGGCCCACCAGCCCUGGCUCACUGCCUGCUCACACAUCCAGACGCUGCUGAAGUCGGGCGAGCAGUGCUGGUCGCUGGCUGAGCUGGUGCAGGCUGUGGUGAUCCUGGCCCACUGCCACUCCCUCUGCAGCUUUGUGUUUGGAUGCGACACAGACUCGGACUUUGUCCCGCUCUCCAAAUCUCCCAACGGUGUCCCGCCAACCUUCUGCCCCUUUGAUGCUGCCAACGGCAACGCCAACGUGCCUCAGUCGCUCGCCACGCCCUCCGAACACAAGACACGAAGACGGUCUCUGGACUCCAGCUGUGACAUGGUGUGUCUGAAGGAGAGGAUUCAGAAGUCUCAGGAAGAGCGUGAGAAGAGAGAAGAGCGUCUGCUGCAGACACAAGCACUCCAGCAAACAGAUAUUGAAGAAGAAGAGGAGAUGAUGUGCUUCACAGACCCGACGCGUUUUAUCACAGACCCCGACUUGUGCUAUCAGGAGUUUGCUCGUAGAGAGGAGGACCACUUUCAAGUAUUUAGAGUUCAGGACUAUUCAUGGGAGGACCACGGCUUCUCCUUAGUCAACAGAUUGUAUUCGGACAUCGGGCACCUCUUGGACGACCGAUUCAGGAGUGUGACUACGCUCCCCUCGACGCACAGCCCCGACCUGAAGAGGGCGAUCUGGAACUACAUCCAUUGUGUGUUAGGAAUACGGUAUGAUGAUUAUGAUUACGGAGAGGUGAAUCAGUUGCUGGAGCGAGAUUUUAAGCUGUACAUCAAGGCUGUGGCUUGUUUUCCGGAUGCCACCAAAACUCCAGUGUGUCCGCUAAGUUUGGCUCCACUUAAAACUUCAGAGCGGAUACACGUUAAUUUACUCAUCAUGGAGGCCCGGCUGCAGGCUGAGCUGCUAUACGCUCUGAGAGCCAUCACGCAGUACAUGAUCGCCUAAGUGCUCUCGGAGAGGCACGAAGCUAAAACUCUCCGCCGGUACAGAGAGACCCAGAGACGCGAGGAUGAAGAAAUCUAAACAUCAGGACGGCGAAGUGGGACGAGAGCGGCACAUUUAAGGACACACAGCUCCAUCGUUUAGCAGCUGUGCCUCAUGAAUGUGCUUUUCAAUGUAUUUAUACCAUAGUGUGCCAUGCCCUUCCUCCAGCAGAUUCUUCUGUUCUCUUAUCAAACAUCUCGGCUCUUAAACGAUACGUGCAAUUAUUAGAAGUUGUUUUAAUUUUGACAUGUUUUGUGUUUCAACUCAGUCUGUGAGGAACGGCUUGGUUGUAGCGGUGUGUUACUGUGGCCAAUAGUUUCAUCAGUCUCCUUUGUAUGAACUAUGCCCCCCCCCCAAAAAAAAAAAAAGAUAUCUUUUUGUACAAGAUGAAUGUUAAUGGGAGACCAGGGCCUCUGUUAUAUUUUGGACAAUCCUCGUCAGUGUUGGAGGAGGAAGUGGACCGUGAAGGACAACGUUUUUUGCGCUCCCUAACAUUUCGUAUUAAUGCUGGUCAAGAACAAACGCAUCAGUUACACUGCUGGAAGUUAUCACAUCACUAUAGUUUCUUUUAAUAAGCACUUUUUUAAAACUUUAUAUAUUUAUAAUACAAGGUAGCUCAUUAGUAGACGCACGGUGUGUGUGGGUCCGACGCCUUUCUUCUCCACUGUACGACGUGUAACGAAGAUUUUCAGACUGUUUGUCCUCCAACUUUCAGACUUUGCUUUUGUUCGCAACCCCAGACGUCCGAGUGAAGUAACUUGAUCCGGGAUAGUUCCGUGAAUUAUUGCUCUACUUGUUACUUUCAGGUCAGUGCUGACACGCAUAAGGAUUUUGAAGGUAAUGAUGUUCUCAAAACACAAUAUUUACACCCGAUGAGAAUACUUAAGAAGUCAGUGAGCAGUUUCCUACAGAGAAGAUUAAGCUGAGCCAUUUGCUUGAUGAUUUUUGUGCUAUUUGUAUGGAUGUGCUUUAAAAGAGAUCAAAUCAGAGACUGAAGUUCAGUGUCAAGCUCAUUAAACAAACGCUACAGUAAAGUGAUGAAUUGGAUAGAUGAGAAGUGGCCAGUGGAUCACUGGUCGUGAGUCGAGGUUGAGUUCAGAAGUCAAAAUCCACGGUACAUUUACAAAGCAGAACAAUGUGCACACUAGUUGUUAAAACACUUUUUUUUCUGUCUUUUUUUUUUUAUUUUUAUAGUUUUUGUAAACUAUAGAGUACUCACUUGUUUUGUUUCUGGGUGUGAUGGUAGGACCUGCUUGUUGUGCUGCAUUCUGAGUAGAUAUAGAGUGUGACGGACUGUUUAGAGUUAGUAACUGUAGGAUGUAGAAAAGAAACGAGCGCAUAUCGAGCAUAUAAAGCAAAACGCUCUGUUAACACAGGUGCCUUCAGGCUGAAACUGGAGUGCUGCUGAAGUGGAGGGAUGUGAUGACUGGAGGCUGAAUGUGGGCUUUGGUGGUAGAAACGCCGCCAACUGACCCGUUUAAAACUUGUGGCUGUUUUUCUUGGUUUUGGUCGUUAAGUGUUUCUGAUGAAUAUCGAGGCUGUGAACGCCCGUGUUUUCUAUCAGACACCUGCAAUCCCCAGCAAGUCAGCGAAGAGCCUUUGACGCAGAUGGAUGUUAAAAAAUGUUCAACUUGAGCAGUUUUUGAAAAAAAAUGAUCUAUAUAUAAAAAAUAAAAAAAAGAAUUAAAAGUGAAAAGGCCAAAAAAAUGUGUUUUUUGAAAAUGUGAAGAAAUGUUUUCUAUAAAGACGCUCUACGAAAAUAACAGCUGUUUUACUUUCUUCUACAGGAUACUUUCAACAUAUACCACUGGUUUACAUGAUUUAUCUACUAAAUCACACAAACCUUGUUUUAUAACCAAAUCUGUUUCUGAAGCAAUCCCUCAGUUUUUAAACUUACCUUACAGGCAGGCAUUUUCAAUCACUAAGCUAAGCUAAAUCACUUUCAUAUUUUCAUUUGACAAAAAAAAUCUUAUCUUAGUCUAUUUGUUAGCAUUUUGUAAAGCUUUCAACAACAUGACAUCAUACUGCUGAUGAAAUCAUGAUAUAAUAAUAAUAAUAAGCUACAAUAAUAAAUGAUUUUGGUAAAGUACACUUACUUGCUACCAUGUCGUACAGUAGUAUUACUGGACUUCAGCGGCCUCUAGUGGCAGAUGUGCAGAACUGAACAGUCAGUAACUUUGCACCAAAGACUCAGACAAAGUGGGUUAAACAGUUUUUAUUGAAUUUAUUUCUGCUUUUCAGAACUGUUUGUCAUCUCUGGCUGACUUUACAAUUU